AUGGACUCGACCGUUGGAGAUUGCAUGAAGUGCAACAAGUCGAACAAAAUCUGCGACAUGGUGCAGUGUGAUACCUGCCAAUCGUGGGCGCACUUCUCGUGCGUCGGGGUCACGGAAGCGAUCAGGGACUCGGAUUGGAGCUGUGACAAGUGCAGCAACGAACUACAAGUCCCAAAAGCGUCGAAGAGGGCUACGAAUAAAAAAGGGAGCUCGAAGUCCAAGAGCGACGGAGGAUCGAAUCAGUCAUCCGUGCCAGAGGCGACAACGGGCCUGAACGAAGAAUUGCGUAAGUUAGAAGCCGAGCAACGUGCUAUGGAGAAAGCCCUGGAGGAGGAGAUGAUCCUUCGAGAGAAACGUCUCGAAAUGGAACGUGUCCUGCAGGAAAAGCGCCGACAAAAGGAAGCGGAAUUCCGGGAAAAGCAGCUGCAGCAGGACCGAGAGCUUAAGCAACGCCAAUUGAAGGAAGAAAGAGAUAUGCUGCAGAGACAGCUACAAGAAGAAGCUAAGUUUGCUAACGAGCGUAAAAGGUUGCACGAGGAGUUCCAAGGUGCGAAGAAGGCCAUUGCGGAGAGUAUUUCGGAAGAAGCAGAAGGUGCUACUGGAGGCGAGAAACUGAAGAGCGACAACGAAUUGUCGUUCGAGAAGAAGGUCCAGUUCUGGCUGAAGCAGCAGGGUCAAAGUAAAGGUGGAGCUACAUCCAAACCAACCUGCUCGGUAAUCGAAAGUGAAGAGGGUAGUGAAGUCGAGGAGGAUGACACACCAGGUGAAGCAGGGAAUGCGGAUCUUCCUACAGAUUUUGGCUGGUAUCCCGAGAACCGCGAGGCAUUUGGAAGGCUCGUGAGGAACGCGAGAAUGCCCGUCACGGGGGAAAAUCUACCAUUACAACAAGAUCGGCAACUGCAACAGACGGUGAGGCUGUCGCAGGAACAAUUAGCUGCUCGCCAAGCCGUGUCGAAGAAUCUGCCCGUUUUCAAAGGCGAAGCGGAGAAGUGGCCAAUGUUCAUAAGUUGCUUUGAAUAUACCACUAAGGCCUGCGGUUUCUCCAACUUGGACAAUUUAAAACGACUCCAAGAUUGUCUUCAAGGAGAUGCUCUCGAGGCGGUCCGGAGCCGAUUGGUUCUUCCGGAGUCGGUGCCAGAUGUCAUCAAUGACCUAAGUCGAAUUUUUGGCAGACCGGAAAAACUACUGAAGACCCUCCUAACGAAGGUCCGGAAUGCACAAGCGCCUCGGGCCGACCGCUUGGAAACCUUCAUGCAAUUCGGAAUAACAGUGAAGCAGUUGUGCGAUCACUUGGAGGCGGCAAAACUUGCGGAUCACCUUAAUAACCCUAUGCUUGUCCAGGAACUGGUGGAAAAGCUACCAUCGAAUUACAAAAUGGACUGGGUCCGUUUCAAAAGGGGCAAGUUAGGAACUCCUCUGAGAAUUUUCACCGAUUUUAUGAACGAAAUCGUAGCAGACGCUUCCGAGGUGUCAGAGUUCUCGACACUCUUCCUGAGUGACAGCCGUGAACAACCAUCGAAAUCCGGAAAAGGGAAGUCUAAGCGGAACGAGUUUAUGCUCGUCCACAACACUUCGUCCGGCCAACCGGAUCCCCCAGUCCCGUUCAAGGGAACCAAGCCAUGCUUCGUCUGUAAAAGGACGGAUCACAAACUGCGCUUUUGUGACGACUUCAAGAAGCUCAGUAUCUCGAACAGACUGAAGGUCAUCGAGCAACACAAGCUCUGUAUUUUGUGUUUGAACAACCACGGCAAAAGCCGUUGCACCUUCAAAAUCCACUGCAACAUCAACGGAUGUCAAGGCGGCCACCACCCUCUACUGCAUCACGCAGAAGGAUCCAUGCAGAUCAUGGACAUCGCGUGCAACGCACAUGGUGCGUUAAAUCGUGGUGUAAUCUUUCGGAUGGUUCCCGUAACCCUAUAUUUCGAGAACUAUGCGCUGGAUAUUUUGGCAUUCUUGGAUGAAGGUUCCUCAUCCACCCUUGUCGAAGACGCUGUGGCCAAAGAGUUGGAUGCCCGUGGAUUCGCGGAACCGCUGGUAGUUACGUGGACAGGCAACGUGAAGAGGUGCGAAACUACAUCCAAAAGAAUCAACCUUUUGAUUUCUGCACGUGGAUCGGAUGAAAAGUUGCCACUGAAGGACGUUCGUACUGUGGCCGAAUUGAAACUACCGAAACAGAGCCUCCAAUACGAAAAGCUAGCUGACCGAUAUCCGCAUCUGAACAAUAUACCUGCUGUGAGUUAUGGGAUCGAAGAGCCUAGGAUCAUCCUUGGACUGGACAACCUGAGUGUAUUUGCCCCCCUUGAAUCGCGAGUUGGAUCACCUGGAGAGCCAAUCGGCGUGAAAUCCAAGUUAGGGUGGACAAUUUACGGCCCUCAACCAAGUGCAGCCGUAGUGUCGGAAGUCAAGUUACACUUUCACUCGCUGGAACCGAUGAGCAACCAGGAAUUACACGACGCCAUGCGUACUCAGUUUCUGUUGGACGAUCUCUCAGUAGCUUCUGUGGCGCAAUCAACCGAAGAUUUGCGGGCAAGGAGUAUCCUGCAAACGACGACAAAACGAGUUGGAGACCGGUACGAGACCGGAUUACUAUGGCGACAAGAUGAGCGACGAUUUCCGGAUAGCUACCCAAUGGCCGUGUCUCGGUUGAAAGCGUUGGAGCGGAAAUUGGAGCGAGAUCCGGAGCUCCGGUCAAAGGUACAUCAGUUGAUUUCCGAGUAUCUAACAAAGGGCUAUGCACAUAAGGCUACCGAUGCCGAGCAGGCAGAUAUGGCGAAGGGAAACGUCUGGUAUAUUCCUCUCAACGUUGUGCUCAACCCUCGAAAACCAGGGAAAGUUCGCCUCGUGUGGGACGCGAGAGCGUCUGUCAAUGGAACAUCGCUAAACUCGGAGCUCUUAACCGGUCCUGAUCUACUGGUACCACUGCAGUCCGUAAUCAGCAAGUUCCGGGAAAGAUGCGUGGCGUUCGGUGGGGACAUUCAGGAGAUGUACCACCAGUUUCGUAUACGUGCCGCCGACAAACAGUUCCAAAGCUUUCUCUUUCGACCAGAUCCGUUCAGCCCCCCUGAAACCUUUGUGAUGGACGUUGGAACCUUCGGGGCGACGUGUUCUCCAUGCUCUGCCCAAUUCAUUAAGAAUUUGAAUGCGGCACAGUUCGAGCACGAAUUCCCAGAAGCUUCAGCGGCAGUAAUCAACAAGCAUUAUGUAGAUGAUUACUACGAUAGUGUAGACACCGUGGACGAAGCAAUCAAGAUAGCUACCGAAGUGAAGCUGAUUCAUUCCCGCGGAGGAUUCCGCAUCAGAAAUUGGGUGUCCAAUUCUUCAAGUUUCCUGGAAGCGAUGGGAGAACAGCCAACAACCGCUGCUGUACGUUUUCAUCAAGACAAGGAAACGCUGACUGAACGUGUUCUUGGAAUUGUUUGGAACCCUAAGGACGAUGUUCUUUCUUUCUCCACGGCGACACGUUCUGAAUACCAUUCAAUACUCCACGGGGACGGCAGACCUACCAAAAGAAUCGUUCUGAGCGUGGUAAUGUCAAUGUUCGACCCUCUCGGGCUGCUAUCACCAUUCACGGUGUUCGGACGGAUGCUGAUACAAGAUUUGUGGAGGACGGGCUGCGGCUGGGACGAGCCUAUCGAUGAUGAGUCUUUCGGGAAGUGGACCCGAUGGACGAAAGUGCUUCCGAGUAUCGAGGCGAUUCGAGUACCCCGGAGCUACUUCGGACAAGCAAGUUCUACGGACAUUCAAGACCUUCAACUGCACAUCGUUACCGACGCCAGUAAAGGAGCAUACGGAUGUGCGGCAUAUUUUCGAGCGAUUGUCAACGGAGAAAUACAAUGUACAUUGGUGACAAGCCGUGUCAAGGUAACCCCGCUGAAACCAAUGUCCGUGCCGCGGCUGGAGCUGCAGGCGGCUGUCUUAGGAGCAAGGUUGGCAGUAGCAGUGCGAAGCAAUCACUCGUUCAACAUAGCGAAUCAAGUGUUUUGGACGGAUUCUACAACCGUGCUGUCCUGGAUCACCUCUGACCUGCGAAGGUACAAGGAGUUUGUUGGACUGCGAAUCGGGGAGAUCCUCACACUCACCAAACUUUGCGAGUGGCGUUGGGUACCUACAAAGCUGAACGUGGCGGAUCAACUCACGAAGUGGACCCGUGAUCCGGAGCUACACUCAGAAAGCGAAUGGUUUACGGGCCCCAAGUUUCUUUAUCGAGAGGAGGACGACUGGCCGAGGCAGAAAAAGUUGACUACUACGCAGGAAGAAGUGAAAGUGCAUCUUCUUGUACAUGAUAUCCAGCUUCUCGAACCAGUCAUCGAUGUUCAUCGGAUCUCAAAAUGGACCGUUUUGGUAAGGACUGUGGCUACUGUCUUCAGAUUCGUAUCCAACUGUCGUAGGAAGUUGCACGGUCUGCCGAUCGAAACACUGAAGGCUACACACAGGCAAGCUACAGUCAUCAAGUUGAUAAGCUUUCCGAUACAACAAACUCCGUUGAAACAAGUUGAGCACGAGAUAGCAGAACGAAUUUUGAUCAAGAUGGCACAAGCUGAAUCAUUUGCUGACGAGAUAAAGGUAUUGACCAGAAAUGCGGAGGUAGCUGAAGCGAAUAGGCUGCAGAUCGAGAAAUCAAGCUUCCUGUACAAACUAACGCCACUUAUUGAUGACGACGGAAUUCUACGAAUGGAGAGCCGUGUGGAACGUGCCGAGUUCCUAUCGUUUGACCUUCGUUUUCCGAUAGUGUUGCCAAAGGAAAAUGCAGUUACGGCGAAGAUUGUUCAACACUACCACGAACGAUUUGGUCAUGGAUAUAGAGAGACAGUGAAAAAUGAGCUGCGGCAAAGAUUCUAUGUACAGGCGGUAGGCGCUGUUAUCACCAAAAUCGCCAAAGGCUGCAUGUGGUGUAGAAUCAACAAAAAUCGUCCACAGAUUCCUAGAAUGGCAGCAUUACCGGUACAGAGAUUGACUCCAUUUCUGAGACCCUUCAGUUUUGUUGGUGUGGAUUAUGUGGGCCCAUUCGUGGUCACUGUUGGCCGUCGCAGCGAGAAGAGGUGGAUAGUUCUAUUCACGUGUUUAGUGGUCAGAGCAGUUCACCUCGAAGUAGCUUAUUCGCUUACUACUCAGUCCUGUUCAAUGGCAAUACGCCGCUUCAUUUGCCGACGUGGUCCACCAACAGAAAUGUUCUCGGACAACGGGACCAACCUACGGGGUGCAAGCAAAGAGAUGGUUGAGAGAGUUCGCUGUAUUGGGGCGGAAUGCGCUGAUGAGUUCACGUCCGCUCGAAUGAAAUGGACUUUCAAUCCUCCUGCCUCUCCCCAUAUGGGGGGAGUCUGGGAGAGGCUUGUGAGAUCCGUGAAGGAGGUGCUGGCAGCGAUUGGCGACGGAAGUCGCCUGACUGACGAAAUUCUUCUAACGUCGAUUGCUGAAGCUGAAGACAUCGUAAAUUCUCGCCCCCUCGUGUAUGUCAGCCAGGAAACAGAUAAGGCCGAAGCGCUCAGCCCAAACCAUUUUCUACGUGGCAGUUCACCGAAUGAGUCGCUGCAUGCCUUUCCUCCAGUACAUCCAGCAGAAGCUCUUAGGGAUUGCUAUAAGCGUUCACAGAAACUGGCCGAAGAAAUGUGGAACAGAUGGCUUAAGGAAUACGUACCAUCGCUUAGCCAACGGAAGAAGUGGUUCGGAGAGGUCAAGAACUUGAAGGCUGGAGAUCUAGUUUAUGUCGUGGAUGGUGACAAACGGAAGUGCUGGAUACGCGGCCGGGUAGAGGAACCUAUCAAAUCGGAAGACGGGAGAGUACGACAAGCACUUGUUCGCACCAACAGUGGAGUGCUGAAGCGGGCUGUUGCUAAACUCGCCUUGAUGGAGAUUAGUGAUUGCGACGCUGUUCCGGAUGUGAACUCCGGACCAGGUUCACGGGCCGGGGCAUGUUCCGAUCAAAACCACUGGGCUCAACACAACAUCCCUGCUGGAUUGUGCAACAAUAGAUCGACCGAACAAUACAGCGAGAAAGUUGACUUGUGA